AUGGAUGCUUUUGCAAAUAGAGUGAAAACUUUUGAUGCAUUUCCCAAAGUUGACUCCCAGCACACUGUAAGAUCAGACAGAGGUGGAUUCUCUACGAUAUUGACGGUAUUCUUAACAUUGGUUAUAAUAUGGAUUGAAAUUGGUGGAUUUCUUGGUGGAUACGUGGACCAUCAAUUUAUUGUAGACGAUCAAAUCCGAACAAAUUUAUUGAUCAAUAUUGACAUGUUAGUGGCUAUGCCAUGUGAUUUUAUCCAUACCAAUGUGGUAGAUAUUACUGAUGAUAGAUUCUUAGCAGGUGAAACAUUAAAUUUCGAAGGAACUAGAUUUUUUUUACCUGAAAUGUUUAAGAUCAAUAAUGAAAAUACAGAAUAUGAGACUCCUGAUUUGGAUCACGUAAUGCAAGAAAAUUUAAGAGCAGAAUUUAGUAUUGAAGGUCAAAGAAUGAAUCAAGGAGCUCCUGCGUGUCAUAUUUUCGGGUCCAUUCCUGUGAAUCAAGUCAGCGGGGAAUUUCACAUCACUGCCAAAGGAUUUGGUUAUAGAGACCGUCAACUGGCAGCACCUCAAAACCUUAACUUUUCUCAUGUCAUUUCGGAAUUUUCAUUCGGUACAUUUUAUCCUUUAAUUGAUAACCCAUUAGAUUUUACUGGGAAAGUAACCGAAGAGAAUUAUCAAGCUUAUAAAUAUUAUGCAAAAGUUGUACCUACAACUUAUGAAAAGUUGGGUAUUGUCAUAGAUACCAAUCAAUAUUCCCUUACUGAACAGCAUAAAGUUAUCAAACCUAAAAAAACUGGUAAUCCUCAACUGCCACCAGGGAUUUUCUUUAAAUAUGAUUUUGAACCCAUCAAAUUAUUAAUAGCCGAAAGAAGAAUCCCCUUCAUUCAAUUUGUUGCCAAAUUAGGUACUAUUUGUGGAGGAUUAAUGAUUUUAGCUGGUUACCUCUUCAAAUUAUACGAGAAACUUUUAAGGUUAUUGUUUGGACGUAAAUUCACUGAAAGAGAUACAGAAAAAAAGACAGGAGGUUUAUUGGAUAAUGAAAAAACUGAUAUUAGAAAAGAUUAUUGA